AUGAUAAAAUCCCCAUUGGCGAUUGUGCUAACACUACUUUUAGCAGUGGUAGCACUACUACCGAAGGGUGGUUACAGCGAUCUUACAACUGGUAGCAGCACAUACACAUAUAAAGAAUCUGAUGUUGAAGAAAUUAAAAAGAUGCUGGAAGAGAAUGAAAAAACCUUUAACAGACUUAGUUAUUACAAACAUGAUAUCGAACAAAAACUCGAUUUGACAAAAAUGUUGUUUGAUCGAAUUCGUGAUACACUUGAGUUGUUGUCUAUAGAUGAUUCUGAAAUUAAAAAGUUUAUUGCUGUUAUUAAUAACCACAUAAUGGAGUACAAUGGAGUUAAGGAGAGUCUAGAAAAAAAAAUCAAAUUGUCACAUAGUAAUAUUAAAUUACUUAAAAGUAAGAUAGCAAUAUUACAGGGGUGUAAAUUAAAUCAUGACAAAUUUGACUACAUUCAUGGUGAUUGUAAAUGUGAAGAAGGGUCAUCUUCAUUAAAGUGCAAAAUUGUUAUUAGGAAACUUAUAAGUAUGGAUAUUAAGUACCAAAUGGAUCAGGCCAAUUUAAAUUAUGAUAUGCGUAAAUUAGAUAUCAUCUGCUCCGGUUUGAUAAAAAAUAUCAAAGGAUAUAUGAUGAUACCAUACAAUUAUUAUAAGGAACAUGAAAAGAAGUUAAGCACACGUGAUUUGACUGCUCUAUAUAAGAAAUAUGGAAUGUUGAUACAUCCUGGUAGUUUGACUGCAAUCUACGAUCCCAGCAAGAAAUAUGUUAUUACUGCUCAUAAGGAAACAAAAAAACCAACUACAGUUGAGACUUCUGCUAGUGAUGAGGCAAAAAAAGGCAGUGAAACUACAGUAAAGGGAAGCUCAAGCACUGGUGAAACAAGUAUUUCUGGAAAUUUUGGUUCUAAGACAAUGUCGGUUGAUUUGUCUUCAAUACCACCACCACCCCCACUACCACAGUUUGGAAAAUCGCAUCAGGACCUGCUUCACAAGAAAUUCGAUUCAUUGGCUUCUGAACUAAGUGCCCGUUUUAAAAAACAAACACCGGGCACAGGUUCAGUCGGGGCCUCAGUCACUACCUUAACACAUCAUGGAAAAUUAACCCCAGAAAAGCACGCCAUUGAGCCAUCGACAUCGGGCGGUGAGCAUAAGACUGUUGUUAGGCACAAAGAAGAAGCGAGUUCGAGUGAAGAAAAGGAAAAUGCACCAGUAACGAUACGGACGGAGGUACCAACUCAUUCAGCUGCUUUACCAACUGAAGUUUUAAUCUCUGGCAAAGAGAGCGAGGGCGCAGGAGCUAAGCAUGCUGAGGCUGCAGAGUUAACGGCAGAAAAGAAAAGAGUUGUUGCGGUUGUCCAACCAGAUCAGUUUGUUCUUGUCGGUCCCACUGAAGGAGAGGAGGAAGAAGAUUUAUAUGAAGAUGCUAUGAGUGAGUCGUCUGAGUAUUUCAAAGAAUUACACUUUGAUGAAGAUGAAGAUGAAGAUGAAGUUGAAGAGAAACGAGAAAGCGACCUUUGGACUGAAAAAUCCUUUUAUGAUUCAUAUUCAUCAUUGUCGGAUUCUUCAAAGUUGAGUGAAGCUGAUAGCACAGUAUAUGUUACAGUUGACGACUCUAAAAAACUGUCAUCAUUUGUCAUGGGAGCUGCGGCUAGUUUAGCACGUAAAAUGGUAUUGCCUAUCAUUUCAGGCAUAAAAAAUAGGUUGACUAGAUCGUUUAGAGGCGAAAAGGACGCCGUACCAGUUAUUGAAACCGCUGGGAAAGAAGUAAGUCUUAUUAGUCCAGCCGACACUAUCCACAAAGAAAAACCAAAUGAGGAAAAGCCAGAAAAAACUGUGGAGGAAUUAGACUCCUGGGAACUUGUCGAGGCUCCUACAGAAAAUGAAAUUCAUUCAGUAGGAGAAGGUGGCGCUAGUUCAGAUAGUAGUCCAGCUACACCUGCUACUUCAGUGGAAGAUACCAAAAAGGGUAAGCCAUUGGAGACUGUCGACCUAGAUAAAAAAAAGAGUGUUCCUAUAAAUGCUCAAAUAAGAAAGACACAUGCCAAUACACUUGUAAAUAAAUUAAUACAUUUGAGAACAUCAGACUCAAAGGAUGCUGAGAAGGCUAGCGAACCAAAGGGGCAUGAGCCAUCUACUGGAGACAAAAAGAAGGAAAAAACGGACUUGGCAGGCAAUACUAAAACAACAAUGAAAAUGACCCUUGUAAAAUCUGAACUUAAAGAGGGUGGAUUUGCAACAAGUUCCUUAGUGGUGUUGGCGCUUGUAUCAAUCUACAACGUUAUAAAUUAA